CCCUAGAUGUUAUAUUAUUAUAUCAGCAUAAUCAGGCUAGCUGAUUUGACAAGAAAUAAGCACAAAACUGUCAAAAGAAAAAUAAUAAAAUCAUUGAAAUUGUCUCCCCCAAACCACUAGAUAAAUAAACCAUCGCCACCUUCAUCGUCAAAUCUCCAGAUUCCAAUCCGAUUAUGGCUUUGAUCAAUUGCAAAACCAUAUCUUUCCUAUUGUUCUUUUUCUUCUUCAUCCAUGUGGGUCUCGUUCCAUCAAACGCCGCAAAGCACCACGUCAUCAAUUUCCGAUCGCCCAACCUCUACCCAGAGGGUCUCACUUGGGAUCCAUACGGCGAGCACUUCGUCGUCGGUUCCCUCCACCACCGCUCUAUCCAUUCCGUCUCUGAUGCCGGCGUCAUCCAAACUUUAAUCUCCGAUACUUCUCUUCCUCCGAACGCCUUCAUAUUAGGCCUCGCCAUCGAUUCCAUCAACAAGCGUCUCCUAGCCGUCGUACACUCAUUCGGCCCUCUCUCUUCCUUCAACGCCCUCGUUGCCUACGACCUUAAAACCCUCCGCCGCGUCUUCGUCUCUCUCCUCGACGAUGUCCUUCCCGACGGUGACUUCGGCACAAACAACAGGGCGAACGACGUGGCGGUGGACUUCCAAGGAAACGCUUACGUCACCAAUUCGUUAGCUAACUUCAUCUGGAAAGUCGACAAAGACGGAGUGGCGUCAGUCUUCUCCAGAUCAACAGUUUUCACGGCGCACCCGUUGGCGGUUCCACGGGACGCGCCAUUCAGCGACUGUGGAUUAAACGGAAUCGCUUACAUCAGCAAGGGGUACCUGUUAGUGGUGCAAUCGAAUACGGGUAAGAUGUUUAAAGUAAACGCUGAAGACGGGUCAGCCCGGCUUGUCAUGUUGAGCGAGAGUUUGACUUGGGCAGAUGGUGUUGCAGUCAGAAACGACGGCGUCGUUUUGGUGGUGUCUCAUACUAAGCUGUGGUUUCUGAAGUCUGAUGAUAGUUGGGGAGAGGGAGUAGUGUAUGACAAAACUACCCUUGAUGAGGAAAAGUUUGCUUCUUCAGUGGCAAUAGGAGGGGAUAAUAGGGUUUAUGUGUUAUAUGGGCAUGUGAUGGAGGGUAUAAUGGGAAAUGGAGAAAGGGAAGAGUUUAGCAUAGAAGAAGUGAGAUCAAAGAAAGAGGGGGAGGAUGAAAAUGUGUGGGUUUUUGUAUUGAUUGGGUUGGGUUUGGCUUAUUUCUUGUUUUGGAGAUUUCAGAUGAAAAAACUUGUUACAAAUAUGGAUAGGAAGAUUAAUUGAGUCUUUGUUUUAUGUAGAGAUGUUAAAUGGGUCAAGUUAACCUGAGGUAUAGAAAAAUGGCUUGACCUAUUGUUCACCUCUAAUUGUAUGCAUUUUUAUUAUUGGUAUUUAGUGGGUUUUCUAAUAGGCUUCCAUUUCCUGUAUUGUUGUUACACUUGCUGAAAAUUGAAAUUGAAGUCCAUUUUCAAUUUUUGAUA